AUAGUUCUAGGAAGCACACUGGGGCUGUGCAGUUACCUUCGGUAUGACAGGCAAGGCCUGGGUUGCAUUAGGACUGGCUGCUGGCCCAUCACCGGGAAAGUUACUGCAUAGCUCCAGUGUGCUGCCAUGGGAAGCCAGUCUGUCUUUCUGUUAUAUUUCCAGGGUGCCCAUUGCUGUCGUACCUACGAACCGUGUUCAAGUGACAGCAUAGGCCUCAUAAUCCCGUGUUACAUUGUUUCCUCUGUGCUUGCCCAGGCUAUUGUAAUGGCAGACUUUCCUUGCCCGUCACUGACAUUGCUGCCUGUCAGCCAGCACAUGCUGGCAUUCUAAGUAUAAGGAGCUGCAAGCAUCAGCCUUGUCCUAAAUCCCCUCUGACUUUCUGCCAGUGAACAGUGCAGUAAGCUGGCUUGUGUGCACCACUACACUCCUAGAUGGCGUAUAUGUUAAAGAUGCUUAUGUGUAAGCAUAACCUGAACUCCGAGCCCCAUAUUGCACCAUGCCAGACUGGCCUCAUAGGCAUUGCUGGUCAUUAUAUAAAGGUCAUUUAUUUCCACAUAAAUCAUUCCAAUGACCUUGGACCUGAAUGGAGGGUGGGGCUGGGACUUGCACGUGUGGCUUGUCCAAGCAGCAGCUCACUGACCAUAACACAUUCCCAUCCGACAGUGCAUCUGGCUAAGCAUUCAGAUGUAUUGGGAUCUUAGAAAAGGGGGAAGUAAGGAGCAGGUGGGUGUGGGUAGACAGAUCCCUCAUCCAAGGGAGUGAGUGCAAGUGUGGAGCCAUGGAAGCUGUAGAAGAAUGGACAGUGACUGGCGCAGAUGUUUGCACUCGAAAGCUAUUGUGCCAAAACCUGUUAAGUGGGAGGGCAAUGGGGGCCAAACUUUAGAUGACAUGACUCUAAGCCUGUCAGUUUGUGUGUGGCAAUCCAACAGUGUAUAAAAAUAAUUAGUGACACAGUAUAAAGGGUAGUUCAGGUUGUCUUGCACAUGACAUACUGACUAGUUCCUUCAUAUGCAACUUGUAAGAGUAGCUAACAGAAUGAAGAUGAACUCCAAUGACAGCAGCGAAUCAGAGAAUGAUACUGAGGAAGAGGAGGAAGAAGAAGAGUGUGCAAAUGAACACAUUAAGAGACUGGGUGGAGGAAGUAAAGAUAUGCAGCAGGAUGGCACUCCUCAGGAGGGAGCUUUUGAGACAGAGGACACAUGCCUAGGGCACAAGAGUUCAGAUGGGAAAAGUGAUGUGCUGAGUGUCUCACUGAUCCAUCUGGAAGAACAAAUGACAGAAGACUGUGAAGCAGAGACCACUCCAAGAAAGAAAAAGAGAAAACACAGGCUGCUGUCUAUCAACCUGACCAACUGCAAGUAUGAGAGCGUGCGGCGUGCUGCCCGACACUGUGGCCUAAAAGAAGUGGGGGAGGAUGAGGAGUGGACGGUGUACUGGACUGACUGCUCGGUCUCUCUGGAGCGCGUCAUGGAAAUGAAGAGGUUUCAGAAAAUCAACCAUUUCCCGGGGAUGACAGAGAUCUGCCGGAAGGACCUGCUGGCCCGCAACCUCAACCGCAUGCUCAAACUCUUCCCCAAGGAGUACAGCAUCUUCCCCCGCACCUGGUGCCUGCCUGCUGACUAUGGGGAUUUCCAGGCCUACGGGCGCAUAAGGAAAAACAGGACGUACAUCUGCAAGCCAGACAGUGGCUGCCAAGGAAGGGGCAUCUUCAUAACCCGCAACCCAAAGGAGAUUAAACACGGGGAGCACCUGAUCUGCCAGCAGUACAUAUCCAAGCCCUUCCUUAUCGAUGGCUUCAAAUUUGACCUGCGUAUCUACGUCCUGGUCACAUCCUGUGACCCCCUGAAGAUUUUUGUCUAUGAGGAAGGGCUGGCUCGGUUUGCCACCAUGAGGUACAUCGAGCCCAGCAGCAGCAACCUGGACGAUAUCUGCAUGCACCUGACCAACUAUGCUAUCAACAAACAUAAUGAAAACUUCAUCCGAGACGACAUGAUGGGCAGUAAGAGGAAACUGUCUACCUUGAAUGCCUGGAUGAUGGACAACAGCUAUGACACAACAGAACUCUGGGAAGACAUUGAGGACAUCAUUAUAAAGACCCUUAUCUCAGCCCACCCUGUUCUGAAGCACAACUACCGCACCUGCUUCCCCAACCACAUCACCGGCUGUGCCUGCUUUGAGAUUCUGGGCUUUGACAUCCUGCUAGACAGAAAGCUGAAGCCCUGGCUGCUGGAGGUGAAUCACUCUCCCAGUUUCACCACGGACUCGCGCUUGGACCGAGAGGUGAAGGACGCUUUGCUCUGUGACGCCAUCAACCUGAUAAACCUGCGAGCCUGUGACAAGAGGAAGGUGCUGGAAGAGGACAAGCGACGGGUGAAGGAGCGACUCUUCCAGGCCCACCAGCCACCUCGUGAAGCCAGACGUGAGCAGUUAGAGAACAGCCAGGCGGCCUGGCUGGCCCAAGCGGAGAAGUAUGAGAACACGCACCUGGGAGGGUACCGGCGCAUUUACCCCGCGCGCGAGACAGACAAGUAUGAGCCAUUCUUCAAGCACAGUGGCUCCCUCUUCCAGGAGACAGUGGCUUCCAAGGCAAGAGAGGAGUGUGCCAGGCAGCAGCUGGAGGAAAUUCGCUUGAAGCAAGAGCAACGAGAGGCUACUACUGGGAAGAAGAAAAAGGAGCGAAAGGAGAACCUGCAGGGAGAGUCAGCUGGGGAGAAAUCCCGCAUCCGCACCAAGGCCAAGGCUCCUCCCACUCGCCUCACCUACAACAGCGCCAGGACCUGCAACAGGAAGAUGCAGCAGAUGGUGUUUGACUCCAUGCGGCCCCAGGAGAUAGUGGAAGAUGAGGAAGUAGAGAGGAUCAAGGCUCUUCUGCAGCGCGAAAACCUCAUCCGGGGUCUGGGCAUCGUGGAUCAGCUCUCUCGGCUGCUCCACACAACUGAGCCCAGGCCUGUGGAUGUCCACAGGCCCCACAUCAAUAUCUCCGAGAGCCAGCCGCGAUUCCUUCAGGACGUGUUUGGGAACCGGGAGACACAGGGUUCAAUGACCCUCGUCCCCCUCUCACUCCUGGGAAGCACAGUCCGGGAGUUAGGACAGCAGAUCAUGCAGCAGCCUGCGGCCAGGGCCCGGAUGCUGGGCAACCAGGGCUUCAUUCCCACCCUCCUGGGUACCCUGUCAGGCAUGGGCCAGAGCAUCCCCUACCGUGCACAGUAUAAGCCACAGCAUGGCCUGCAGCCGCAGAAGAACAUGAGCUGGUUAGGAAGCCACACUCUGGGGACACCGAUGGUCACCGAGCCCUGUGCUCUGGUAAAGAUACUGAACGAGGGAGGCCGGAGAUUCUCCAGCGCCAGAAACAAGGUCGAAAGCCGUGCCCAUGCCCCCAGGCGGCCCCUCCAUAUGGCCAGUGGUUACGCCGACUCUCUGACAUACCUGGCUCAUGCUGGCAAGGCUCCAAAUCGCACGUAUAGUGACUGCACCUUCCCCUCAGUGACAGACUCCCUCAACCGUGCUGCAGUCCAUGAGCUAGCCAUCAACUCUGCCUCUGCUCCCAUCGUCCAGCGCUCAGACACCUCACACCGCGCCAAUGCCAUGUCCAUUCUCCACUUCAACCACCACAGGAAAUGGACCUGAACCUUGGCCAAACAGUCUCUGGGGAAGAAAGGGACCAACGGCCUUGGGAAUCCUGCAGCCAAAGGAGAUGGCUAUGCCAAAAGACUUGCUUUCUUCUGCGUGGAAGGGAGAAAAACCUCCAAGGGGCCAGGCAGAUGAGGGGGAGACAGUGACCCCAGGCCUGCUGCGGUGACCUGGCGGCUAGCGAUGAGGACGCCGGCGUCCGCUGCAGAUGAGGAGCCCUCUCAGUGAGGGCUGAGCACUUCAGACACCAUUUAGUGAGCGCUCCAGAGUCACGUCUCCACUGGACAGAGCUGUUUUCAAACAAUGCUGUGCAAGGGAUUUUGUUAAUAGUAUUCGGCACCAUCCUCUCCAGCCGACUUCGUCCUGUAGCUGGGAUCCCCAGCCUGUAACUGCAGCCUCUCCCCCACACCUACUGAUCAGCACUGCAACAGCAGGGCAGGGCUUGUCUCCUUCAGGGCUGCAAGAGUUUGUUCUUUUGUAUCUGUCUUAUUAAAGUUUUAUACGGUUUUACAAUU